AUGGAAGUAAAACAAGAAUUUAAUGAGUUCAGAUGUAAAGACGAAAUAGAUAAUGAGGGGCGCGAUUCUCUUUUUGAUACCUUUAAAAUUGAGAUUAACGAGGAACCCAAGAGGGAAAGUACAAAUGACACAUUUGAGUUUUUAGUUUUAAAGGAGGACCCUAUAAAGACAGAAAAAGUAGAAUAUGAAGAUAAACUUAUACUAUGUGAUGAAAAAGGAACAAAUGAAAAAAACAAAUACAAGAAACCGAUUAUAAAAUUACAAGAUCUUGUACCUGGACAACGAAAUAAAAUUUUAUCUGCUAAGAUUAUCUUAAGCAGAUUUGGGGAAGCUGUUUUGUUAGAAUUAGAGGCCAACGUCACAUUUUUGCCGCAGAGGGUAACAACAGAAUACAAACCAUUUGUUGAAUAUUUUGAACCUGGAAAGUAA